AUGCAACCUUUUACUUAUCUAGUACCUGCGCUAUUCUUCAAUAAACCUUUAGGUCACGAUACUUUCGGUGCUGCUCUGGGCUUAUUCGAAUUCGAGAGCGCUACACUAUACUCUGAGCCAGAGUUCAUCGCUUCAGUGACAUCCGGAGUCAAUUUCGCAACAACUAACGAGAAUGCUGGUGUCAGUAAUCCAGACUUUCGCGGAACCGUUGUACCAAACGAUGGUGCUGCCCCUUUCCAAAUGAAGAUGAGCGGAGUCCAACUAGGCAAUGACGUAGUAUUGCCCAUUAUUUCUGGGAAUACACCAACCGGAAUUGAGGUCCCUUACGGAACUGUUUACAGAGUCCUCACCCCAACGUUUAGAGGAGGUGAAUCAAAGUACAAGUCUUUGGAAAACACAGUCUUCGUAGCAUCGGAGACAGUGUCCGACUCAGGAAUCCCUGGAAAGUUUCUUUUAGGGGUCAAAAUCUCAAAAGUAUUUGCCAGUAAAACAAACAUCACUAUUGGUGAGGAAUUCAGUGGGUGA